AAAUAAUAAUAAUAAUAAUAAUAAUAACCGCUGUGAUUCACGCCUAAUGUCUUCUCCUUCUUCUUCUUCUUCACCUGCGAAACUGCUUCUUCUUCUUCUUCUUCUUCAUCACUUGCAAAACAGUUGUCAUUAACGGAUCCCCGCUUUUGACCUACUGGAACGUGUGUCCAGCUUGCAGUAUUAAGGGAGAGUGAGCGAAUUAGGUGUCUGUUAAUAUGAUUAUCUCUUUCCGAUAGGUUUUAUUUUUUAUUUUGUUUAUUACUUUUUAUGGAGAUAGAUCUUGAGCUGCCUUCUCAGGAGCACGAGAAACUAGUUACGGGAUCAAAUACAAAUGUUGAUGUAAUGGAUAGUGCAGAUGUGUUGCAUGUUACUGAAGAGGAUAUAUAUUCUCCUACGGGUGAGCAUCUUAUAGGAGCCUGCAGACCAAAUGAAAUUGAAGGUUGUACUAGUGGGGAUCUUGUGGAAGGUAGCACUAUUAGAAAUGAUGUUCUUAAUAGAGGUGUGAUCUGUGAGCCCCAAAAUGGUUUAGAAUUUGAAACAAAGGAGGCGGCAUAUUCUUUCUAUAGAGAAUAUGCUCGAUCUGUAGGAUUUGGCAUCACGAUAAAGGCUAGUCGUCGUUCAAAAAAAUCUGGUAAAUUUAUUGAUGUAAAAAUUGCAUGUUCUAGAUUUGGAAGUAAGCGUGAGUCAAGUACAACUGUGACUCCACGAUCAUGCAUAAAAACUGAUUGCAAAGCAGGCUUGCAUAUGAAGAGGACACAGAAUGAGAAGUGGAUUAUAUAUAGUUUCAUAAAGGAGCAUAAUCAUGAGAUUUGUCCAGAUGAUUUUUAUAAUUCUAUCCAGGGACGGAACAAGCAAUCUGUUUUGGUUUCAGUUCAAAAGAAAGGGCUGCAGUUGGCUUUAGAUCAUGAUGAUAUACAAGUUAUGCUUGAGCAUUUUAUGUGCAUGCAAGCAGAGAAUCCUAAUUUCUUUUAUUCAUUAGAUCUCGACCACGAAAAACGUUUGAGAAAUGUAUUUUGGAUUGAUUCAAAAGCCAGGCACGAUUAUAGGUUUUUCUCUGAUGUUGUCUUCUUUGAUACUUUCUAUGUUAGAAGCAAUUAUAAGGUACCCUAUGCUUCAAUUAUUGGAGUGAAUCAUCAUUUCCAAUUUGUGUUACUUGGAUGUGCAUUGAUUGGAGAGCAGACCCCAUCUACUUAUGUUUGGUUAAUGCAGACAUGGUAUAAAGCAGUGGGUGGUCAAGCUCCUAAAGUAAUUAUUACUGAGCAAGAGAAAUGCUUAAAUGAAGCUGUUGGAAAUGUGUUCCCUAAUGCACACCACUGUUUUUGUUUAUGGCAUGUACUGAGUAAGAUGCCUGAGAAUUUGUCUCGUGCUGUAACUCAAGGUGAAACUUUCCUGGCAAAAUUCAACAAAUGCAUUUGUAGGUCUUGGACAGAAGAACAAUUUGAAAAGAGAUGGUGGAAAAUGGUUGAUAAAUUUGAAUUAAGAGAGGAUGAGUGGUUCCAGUCAUUGUAUGAAGAUCGUAAAAAGUGGGUGCCGACAUAUAUGCAAGAUAUAUUUUUGGCUGGGAUGUCUACAGCUGAGAGAUGUGGAAGUAUAGCCUCUUUCUUUGACAAGUAUAUUCACAGGGAAGCUACAUUGAAGGAGUUUAUGGAGCAGUACAAAUUAUUUUUGCAAGACGGGUUUAGCAUGGAAGCUAAAGCUGAUUUUGAAACACAAAAUAAACAACCUGCAUUAAGAUCUCAUUCGGCUUUUGAGAAACAAUUGUCAAGAGUCUACACAAAUGCAAUAUUCAAGAAAUUUCAGGUUGAGGUUUUGGGUGUAGUUUCAUGUCAGCUUCAAAAAGAAAGUGAAGAUGGGGCAACUCUGAACUUUCGAGUUGAUGAUUUUGAAGAACGAUGGAAUUUUCUUGUUGCUUGGAAUGAAACAGCAUCAGAUAUUCAAUGUUCAUGCCGUUCGUUUGAGUAUAGAGGUUUUCUCUGUAAACAUGCGAUCCUUGUUCUUCAAAUGUCUGGUGUUUCCAACAUCCCAUCCCACUAUAUAUUGAAACGAUGGACAAAAGAUGCCAAAAUCACUCAAAUUGUUACUGAAGUAUCAAAGCAUCUUCCUUACCGGGUCCAGCGUUUCAAUGAUUUAUGUAAACGGGCCAUUAAACUUGGUGAAGCAGGGUCUCUAUGUCAAGAGGCUUAUCAUAUUGCUUUCAAGGCAUUUGAAGAAGUCUUGCAAAGUUGUAUAGGUGUCAACAACUCUGUUAGGAUUGUUUUAGAACCAGGUGUAUUGCCUGUUCAUGGUUUUAUUGACACUGAAGAAGGGAACCAUGGCAACAAUAUGGUUAAAUCAUCUAAGAAAAGAAAAAGAUAUAAGAAAAAGAAGGUACUUUCUGAACCAGAAGAGAUGACCAUCAGCUUGCAAGACAGCUACCAGCAAUUGGAGCAGAUAAACUCCAGAGCACACACCACUGAUAAUUGCUAUGUUCCACAACAGGACAUGCGAGAUAUGGAAUUGGGUUCUAGACCACCAACUAUUGAUGGUUUUUAUGGUUCUCAACACAGCAUGCAAGGAGUGGGACAAUUGAACUCAAUUUCUCCAAUUCGUGAUGGUUAUUAUAAUAAUCAACAGGGUGUACCAAGCCUGGGGCAGUCACAUUCAAUACCAACAUGUGUAAGUUCCUUUGGUGACCAACAAAGCUUGCAAGUACUGGGCCAGCUAGGCUUUAGAGCAACAACCGGAGAAGGCUGUUUUGACAUCCAUAGUAAUUUGCAAGAUAUGGAACUGCCUGUUGGCUCCACACAGUAUCCUGGCAUUGCACCAAAGCAUCUACAUGAUAAGCACCCUGCAAGUUAACUCAAAAACAUUGAUAGGUUCUUGCACUCUGAAGGACAGUUGAAUUUACAGCAUUUCUAGAUUCGUUUUGGGGAUCAGAUAUCGUAGUCAUCCUGUGAAAGUAGUAAUUAGAAAAGGCUAUGUUAGUUUCUUGUUAAAUAGUACAAAUUAUAGUCAUAGAAUGGUGUUGGCUUGUUGCGGCAACUGGCAGACAAGCUAGUCCUGCAGGACUUCGAUUGCUUUGUUCUCGGGGCACUGCAGCCUGCAAAGCACCUCUGACUGGUUCGGUCCCACUUACUAUAAUUAUGGAUUGAAAGAUAAUGAAAUCAAUUAUUUUGUUCAUUCUCUAUGAAAAUUUUGUAGCAUGGUAUAUUGGGCGUAGAAAACAUUACAAUUAAUGUACAUUUAAAUGUAAUUUUGAUGACAUCUGAAUGUUACUUUUUUAGAAGUGGUUGCUUUUCACUGUAGAAGAAAAGCCAUGCUGCUUUGGCAAUCACUUGACCUACUAUGAGAGCAUGAACUGUUCAAUAUGAUCAAGGAGAUCCAUUCUUAAUAGAUGGAUUAACUUGGUCUUCCUGCAAAAAGUGGCUCUUGAAAGUACAUUUUGUCAUUACCAUAGUCAUACAAUAGGAGAAAAUGGCCAUGUUGAGUAUAGUGGUUGAAAAGGAAGCAAUUCUAGAUGCAUCCCUAUAUGGUGUUUUGACACGACUUGCGAAAGAAGAGAACAAAUUUCACUGAAAAUGUAUAGAAGCUUUGAUACCAAUGGAAGAUUUGAAGCUAUGAAUUGAUACAUAUAAUUUACAAGAAGAAUCUGUUCCGUGAUUGGUAUCAUAGAAUGAUUAGGAAUACAAGUUUGCUAACUGUUUAUCAUGCACAUAAAUAUGUCUCAAGUGUAGUCUCCACAAGCCAACUGUUUGGCCGACUUGUAGCUUGACUUUUUGUUUUUCCUUAUUAGGAGUCUGGUGGGUGGGAAAAGAAAAUAAGGAAAUAUUGGAGGAUCAAAAGAGAAGAAAUAAAAUAAUGGAAGAUGGGGAAAACAGCAAGAAAGAGCAAAUGAGAGGUGAAAUUAGGGGACAGUAGAAAGUUUAGCAAGCAUGCUGCCUUCGCCUGAAACAACAGCAACCAGAGUGAAGGGGAAAAGGUAGAGAGCAUGAGAAAUUCUGUAAAACCCAGUUGUUUGGGAUGCGGAGGCGGAAGAAGUUGAUUUUCUAGGAUGUUUAACCACUGGUACUUUUUUAGAUGGACAUGUGCGAUCAAUGAAAAAAUAUGUUUUGAUAGAACCCAUUUUCUUGUGUGUUGAGGUUCAAUGGACCAGGAGUCAUCUGAGAAAGUUGUGAAACCUCCCAGUUUCCUUACCCGACGAAAGAAGUUGCUAGCAAAAGGUGGAAGACAUGAUAAUCAAAGUUGAAAAGAAGUAUUGAACCUUGAAUCCUUAAGCUCUUGAUUUGCCUAAAUCAGGUCUUAUCAAUCUAGGUGUGUGAAUGACAUGGUGAACUCGGUGCAGUAGACCCAGAAGAUGUAGUUUUGUAAAAUGUUUGGGUGGUGCUAUAAGCCUGGUUUCAGAUUGUUAAUUGUUUCAGUGGACUAAUAAGAAGAGGAGAUGCAUGGUUAUGCUCCAAUUAUGAAUUUCUGUUUCUGCAAUUGUUACUGCUGAAUAUAAUUCUUUUGUGUUGUCGUAGGUGGAUAACUAACUUUGAGAAACAUCAUUAAAGUUUAUUAGUUAAUUAUUUAUUCAGCUUUGUAAUUA